AUGGCCUCGGCAGGUGCCAGCGCCUUCAAGUCCCCCAAAAUUCCUCGACGGCCAAAGACCCCCGAGACUCGUCAAGUGCACUUUGGCUCUCAGAUCAAGCCUUCUACUGCUACUGCAACUCCUGCAUCUGCAUCUACAUCUACAUAUACAUCUGGCGCCGUCAGCGAGGGCAUCACGGGCUACACCACUGCCAAUUCCCCCAGCGGCGGCUUCAGUGCUGGUAUCAACGGCGUUACAGCUCCUAGCACUGCUCGAGCUACGACAACCACUGCUGCUCCCCCAGCAACCACUUCUGCGCCCGAGGAGAAGGGCAGCAAUCAACCUACGAGCUUCCCUGCGCUCGGCCUAGGCCCUAACGCACAGCCUCAGUGGCAUAUCAGUGCCGACCCGACUCAGAGCCUCGCGCAACAAGUGCCAACUGGUUUCGUCUCGCCUACCCCUCAGCACCAAUUUCUCCCCCCUCAAUUUCAUCCCCAUCCUCAUCCUGCUCCCUUCAUCAGCGCAGGGCAAAACCAAUUCACCCCAUCUCCAAUCACCUACAUCGGAAUCGGACCUCAGUCUCCCGCUGUCAACACCGCAAACAUGGGUGACUAUCAGAACACUGCGCCUCCUGUUCAUGGCAUGAACUUCCAGCCGCCUGUUCCUGACACUACCUUUGGUCCCAUGCAGCACGUUUAUGUGCCUCGCUUUGACAAUGGUCUCGCUGGUGUCCCAGUCGGGGCCUAUGCCGGUGUACAACAGCCCGUCGCCGGUGGUAUGGCCCCCCAGCCUACCGUCCAUGGCAGCUACGUUGUCCAGCAGCUGCCCUACUACUACCAGCAGCCGACCAUGAGCCAACAGCCAGUCCUCGUUGCGAGCCACCAGCCCCAGCAGUUUAUGCAACAGGUUCAGCAAGUCCCAGGCGUUCCCUCGGUCGGUGUUGCUGGUGGAGCUGCUGUGCCCGGCACGGUCCCCGUCUUUGCAGGUAAUGUCCCUGGUGGUCAACAUGUCCCUGGUGGUCAACAUGUCCCUGAUGUCACUGGUGUUGGUCGUACCGCUGGCGAAGAGCAGCUCCGUCAGAUUCAGUUUGCGCAUGCGAACAAGAUGUAUGAGCCGCAGGACUUCAAGCCAGCUGACGAUGACCCCUCCCGUUUCUACUAUGUUCGUGAAGUUGACGGGAACUGGACUCAGCGCAACCGAUUUACCAUUGAUCACAUGGGUGACUCCCGCUGGUAUGUGACCGAUGAGGGUUGGUUUUACGCCGUCCGACUCCCCAACUAA